CCUCACCAUGCCUGACGCUCACUGGAAAGACGGUAUUCUCCUCAAAAUCACAAAUGUCAUCGUCUACUUCCUCUUCUUGGGUUCGAAUAUCUACACAAUAGCUGGUCCCUCUUCCAUCUAUUACUAUGGCAAGGAAACGUACAUCACUCCUGCCCCCUGGGCGUUUCUUAUCUGGUCUCUCAUCCAUGUCCUCCUUCUCGGCACUAUCAUCUAUCAAUUCUUCCCGGCCGGACAGGCCGUUAUCAUAGACGCCAUUUCCUGGCGUUUCCCCCUCCUCGCCAUCAUCAACGCCAUUUACAUCAAUCUUUGGGCGACUCAUCACUAUGUUGUGGCUUUCAUCUUUGCUCUCUUUGUCAGUUCAGCGGUUACACACAUCUACUAUAUUGUCAAGAAACAUCACUCCCCACAAAGCUAUUCAGAUGAACUCUUUAUCCACCUUCCCUUUUCCCUUUACCAUGGUUGGACCACCGUCCUCGUUGUCGUCACUGCAUUUGAGGCUUUCGGUGUGAACGCACUCACCCACCCAGCUGGUGUUUGGACAAAGGUCUUUGUCUUCCUUGCGCUCUUCUUCCUCGAAGGAACUGCUGCCACGUAUGCUUUCUCCACUCCAGAGGGUGACCUCCCUGCGUCCAUUGCCAUUGCAUGGUCUCUGUUCGCCAUCUCUGCACAUCAGACAUCCUCUGGUUUCGUCCAUUGGUCGGCAUUUGUGUUCGCCAUACUUGCCCUUAUUUGGGUUAUCAAGGGCAUCUACGGCCUCGUCAUCCGCUCCCGUGGCGGUAUUGUUGCUCUCAGCGAUGAGGAGCGAGCCCCUCUAAUUGGUUGAAGAUGUUUGCGAUGAUCUGGCGAUAUUGAAGGACUUUGCUUUGUUACGAUGUAUAUGAAUGCUUGUAUCGAGUGACACAAGUCACGUGCAGCGUGACUUGCGCGAUGAUAGUUUUGAAUUUGAUUGUGAAUGAACUUAAGAGUCCUCGACGUUGUUC